CGGGGGCAGCCAUUUUCUUAAAGGCUGUUAAAGCUAACGGCCCGUUCAAAGUACUCAGAUGAGAAACCGCUGGUUCUUUCCAGUCUGGUAGUUAUCAUCCGAGGUGCAAUAAAAGGCUUCUAUUCCUGAGGCCUACAAGUGUCUAAUUCAAGUGUCCCUUACUCCGCAGAUGCUCCAUUUUAGUUGUUUCCUUAGUCCUUAGAACUGUUGAUGGCGCAAGCCCAGAAAAAGGGGCCUUGACUUUUUAAAGAUGUGCUUCAAAGGAGGAGGCCUAAGUCGGAAGUCUUAGGAUAAAGUCCCUGAGAAGUCCUGGCCCUUUAAGGGUGCACGCCAAGGGGCGGGGCCUAAGGCGGAAGUUAUAAAUCAGGGCUCAAGUCCUCCCGAUGGAAGGCGGAAGUGGGCUGUCCGAGGCUGCAGUCAUGGCGCAGGAAGAGGAAGACAUCCGGGACUACAAUUUGAAUGAGAAGCAGAAGGCGACCAAGGCCAAGUACCCUCCAGUCAGUCGGAAGUACGAGUAUUUGGACCAUACAGCCGAUGUCCAGUUACAUGCGUGGGGAGAUACACUGGAGGAAGCUUUCGAGCAGUGCGCCAUGGCCAUGUUUGGUUACAUGACAGAUAUCGACACAGUGGAGCCCCUUCAAGCAAUAGAAGUAGAAACACAAGGGGAUGAUUUGCAGUCUCUUCUGUUUCAUUUCUUGGAUGAGUGGCUUUAUAAGUUCAGUGCUGAUGAAUUCUUCAUACCCCGGGAAGUGAAAGUACUUAGUCUUGAUCAAGUAAAUUUCAAAUUACGGUCAAUUGGGUGGGGAGAAGAAUUCUCAUUGUCCAAGCAUCCUCAGGGAACUGAAGUCAAGGCAAUAACAUAUUCAGCCAUGCAGGUCUAUACUGAAGAGAAGCCAGAAGUGUUUGUGAUCAUUGACAUCUAAGACAAAGAAAAAAACUUCUAUGAAGAACUGUUUUUCUCUCUUCCUUUUGAGAAGAUACCAUAAUAUAAAUUCUACAGUCUCUGACAAUGGUUUGGGUUUGCAGAACAGAAAUUUUUGACUUAAAGUAUGAUUUUCCCACAAAUGGAAAAUCAAGGCAUAGUCUUGUUCUGUACUAAUUAGAUAUUCAAAUGUUAUAGAAUUCUUCAGGUGGCAA